AUGUUCCUUCCAGAAGCCGAGCUCCCAGCCUGGGUUGUUUGUUACAUUCCCGGAGUCAUGUCUCUCCUAAGUGUUCUUCCAGCUCCACGGUCAUUUCCAUUUAUAGUACCUUAUCUUCUAUUUGAGAACACUAUGUCAGUAACCAAAUUUAAUGCAAUGAUAUCUGGAUUAUUUCGCUUUGGAAGUUCUUACGAAUGGGUGGUUACAAAAAAAUUGGGAAGAUCAUCCGAGACAGAUUUGGUUGCCUUCGAAAAGCAAUCCGAACCUCUAAUGCGAUCUCAUAGUCUUCACCGAUCUUCCUCAGAUUCAGGCAUUGAAGAACUAAGCAAACUUGAACUCUCAAAGUUAGCUCCAAAGACCAAGAAAAACCGGCUCUACCGGAAAGAACUUGCUCUUGCAUUUAUUUUGUUAACUGCCUCAGUUAGAAGCUUACUAUCUGCUCAAGGAAUUCACUUCUACUUCCUAUUAUUUCAAGGGAUAAGUUUUCUAGUUGUUGGUCUUGAUUUAAUCGGAGAGCAGGUUAGUUGA